GCCGCCGCACGCGUCCCAUGGCUCCCGCAGCCUUCUCGGCCGCGCUGGCCGUCGGCCUGCAGCUCUGGGCCGCGGGCCACGUCGUGCUCGCUCAGGUUGUAUCCGCUCCCUACGUCCCGGAGUCCGAAAGCUUCUGCCAGCAGAAUGACUACUAUGAGAAGAAGGUCCAGAUGUGCUGCCGAAUGUGUCCUCCCGGCUAUCGUGCACAGGCCUUCUGCACUAAGACCUCAAACACAGAGUGUGCCCCCUGCGAGGACAGCACGUAUACCCAGCUCUGGAACCGCGUGUCCAAGUGCUUGAGCUGUGGCUCCCGCUGCAGCUCUGACCAGGUAGAAACUCAAGCCUGCACUCGGGAACGGAACCGCGUCUGCAGCUGCAGGCCAGGCUGGUACUGCGUCCUGGGGAGUGAUCAGGGGUGCCGGCUGUGCAGCCCGCUGCGCAGAUGCCCCCCCGGAUUCGGUGUGGUCAGACCAGGAACUGCAAAAUCUAAUGUGGUGUGUGCUGCCUGUGCCCCAGGGACGUUCUCUGACACGACGUCAUCCACAGACAUUUGCAGGCCCCAUCGCAUCUGUAAGUCCACGGCCAUCCCUGGCAACGCAAGCAGGGACGCGGUCUGCGCAUCCGAGCUCCCCACCCUGAGAGUGACCCCAAGCUUAGUCCUCAAGUCCCAGUCAGCGACCACGACAUCCAAAAACGUGGAGUCAACUACAGGACCCAGCACAACUCCAAGCACCUCUGUCCUGCUCCCAAUGGUCCCAAGUGCCCCGGCUGAAGGGCUCAGCACAGGGAACAUCUCUCUUCCAAUUGGACUGAUUGUGGGUGUCACGGCCUUGGGACUGCUCAUCCUAGGGACGUUCAACUGUGUCAUCAUGACCCAGAGGAAAAAGAAGCCCUUCUGCCUGCAAGGAGAAGCCAAGGUGCCUCACCUGCCUGCUAACAAGGACCAGGUUACUCCGGGCUCCGAGCAGCAGCACCUGCUGAUCACGGCGCCGAGUUCCAGCAGCAGCUCCCUGGAGAGCUCGGCCAGUGCUGCGGACAGGAGGGCCCCCACCGGGGACCUGCCGCCAGCACCGGGCAGGGACAAGGCCAGUGGGUCUGAGGGAGCCCGGACCAGCUCUGGAAGCUCAGAGUCCUCCUCUGGUGGCCACGGGACCCAAGUCAACGUCACCUGUAUCGUGAACGUUUGCAGCAGCUCUGACCACGGCGCGCAGUGCCCCUCCCAGGCCAGCUCCACGGCGGGGAACCCGGACUCCAGCCCCUCAGACUCCCCGAAGGACGAGCAGUUCCCCUUCUCCAAGGAGGAGUGCUCUUUCCAGCCCCAGCCAGCGGCCCCAGAGACUCUGCUGCAGAGCUCAGAGGAGAAGCCCCUGAACCUUGGUGUGCCCGACGCUGGGAUGAAGCCCAGUUAACCAGCCUGGCGUGGGCCAAGUCACGGCCGAGCUGGGCUGACCUCUGGACCUUCUCGGCCCCCACCCCCCAGCCCUGUGGCUCUUUCUAGGCCAAAUUCCUUUAGUGGCUUCCACAGCCUGGGCCUUUCUUUUCCCUGCAGGCAGAGGGAGGCAACAGGGAGGGGUGUGGUGUGCGUCCUUCUCGGAAGGCUGGCUGGACGUGCUGGGCAGCCUGGUGGGCCCUGCUCCUCUGGGUUGCCCCCUCACCAGUCCUGUGGAAGCCCUUGUUUUCAUCCUUGGGCUGUAUGGCUCUGGCUCCCUGCGGGGCCCCAGCAUCCAGAGGGGCCGUGGGGGAGGAGGGGUACUGUGUGAGUCAUCCAUGGAGAAGGGGUACUGAAUACUGAGACUGCAGGAUGGUCCCAGAGGGGAAGGGGCUGUCAGCAGUCAGGUGGUUCUGUGCAGGGUGGGGUGGCAACCGUGUAGGGGCAGGGGUCCCCUAGGUUAGCUAACGACCCUUGAGAAGCACCACCUCCAAACCCUUUCCUGCUAGCUCCACCUCCUGUACCUGGUGUGACAAUCGCACACUCAGGGGGCCCGGGCAGGCAGCCUGGAUGAGUGCCCUGCCUGGGAGAGAUGGCAGACCUCUCACAAAAUCUAAUUUUAAUAUGUGUGUCUCACACACACACAUACACACACACACACACACACACAGGCCAACAGCACAACAAAGCCAGAAUCUCAAGAGUUUGCCUUCUCUGCCUUUGACCUUCACUCCAGUUUGCCCAGAGUGCCAGCCUCCCUCCCUCCCUCCCUCACCGUGUGGGGUGGGGCUCCAAGGCCACGCCUUCUAUCAGGGAAUCUCAGGACCUGGACAUGCCCCGGUUCCUGCAGCCAUGUCUCCUACCUCAGCCUGGACCUUCCUCUUUUGACUCCCAAGGGGUGCUCCUGUUUCCCCCAACCUGCCCGCACUGUUCCUGGAGUCCCAGGCCCCAGGGGGUCCUCGGGGCCACUUUAGUACUGUGCCUGUUGCCAUCCCUAGUGGAUGUGAGAUGCUGAGAGCCAGUCUGUGUCUGUCUGUCUGUCCUGUGCCGUGGGUCUGUGUAGCUGAUGUCUGGCUAAACGGCCCUCCCGAAGCAGCUAAAGCCAAGUUUUGCCAAGGGGUUCUUACCUAUGAAAGAGUCAGCCCACUCCCCCCAAACACACUUGUCUACAGGCUGCAGAGGGUGGACAAUUGUGACCUCACCGGAUUCUGGAAGGAAGGGGACUGGGGCUCCUGGGGAAGCCAUUUGGGUCUAUGGUACUUGGAUCCUUUGUUGAAAAAUUCCACUGGACUUGAACUUUGAGACUGAACUUUAGAGGGUAGGAGAGUCCAGCCAUUACCAUGGAGACAAGAGAGGCUUCCAUCCUGGAAUCAAGAUGUGCUUACUGCCUGGACCCUGCAUGGCCAUGGAGCAGGUCUGCCCCCUGGUGGACAGUUCCGGGAGGCCCUCAGGCCUCCUCACCAUCACCCCAGCAGAGCUGGGAAACUAUGAUUGAAAAGGAGACCCUUUGGCCCAGGUUGUGGGCCAAAUCCCCAGUGUGGGGCAUGCAGGAGGCAGCCAGUCAAUGUUCUGUCUCAUCGAUGUUCUGUCUCCCUCUUCCUCUCUCUCUAAAAUAAUAAAGAAAAAAAAAAGUUUUUAACGGAGACCCUUUCUAUAGCCUCGGUUCCCUGGCUUGUGUUGAUCCCAAGACAAUGAGAGUUUGCACUGUGUACUGAACAGUAUUCCUGCUUAUAAAUAAACCUUCCAUUUGUUUCACGCCUGACCUGGCUCUCCUGCCCCCAGGGGCUCCUGCCUCUUUCAUCGGUUCCUCCUCAUCUGGGUCCUUGUGCCUCUUCUCCACCGGCUGGUCCCAUUCAGCUUUGUGGCUUUAAGUCCCAUGAAUACAUCCUGCCAGCUCACAGUAUUCGACGAAGGGACCGGUCCAUGCUGUGUGGUUCACAUCAGGCACUGCUCUGGGCACUGGGAUACAGCAGCUCCUCCAAGUGGGUGGGAAGAGAGAGCAGUGGAUGGUGAUGAAGAAAAUGUAGCGGACCUGGAGGGCCUUCUGGAUCAGGAGGUCAGGGGAGGGACUGGACAGAUGACAUGGAGCAGAGGCCUGCAGAACGGAGGGAGGAGCCCAACAGUCCCUCAGACCAGGGCCUGGCAGGGCGCUGAGAGGGACAGAGAGCAGCCCCAUCCAAAGGGCUUCCUGCUGAGGUGAGCAGCGGGGACAGGGACUCGCUGAGAAGUUGGGACCAGUGGACAGAUGCUGCCAGAUCUGUCUUUUGGAAAGAGGUCUCCAGGUGCUGGGGGGACAGAGGGUCUUAUGGCCUCUACCAGCAGGUGGCGUGGUCCCUCCUGAAGCGCCCUUGCGUUGGCUACAUUGAGGGCUGGCAAGGGAAGGGCGGAGUGAAAGCAAAGACCAGCGAUGUGCCGGUUGUUCUGCACACACUGGCCUAGG